AUGGGCACGCUGCUGCUGCUGCUGCUGCUCCCCCACCCCGGCGCCCUCGCCGACGCCGACUUCGUCGCCCGCACAUGCAACAACACCGCCCACCCGGACGCCUGCCGGUCGUUGCUCGGUAGCGACCCGCGGAGCCCGAACGCCACCACGGUGCUCGCGCUAGCCAACAUCGGGCUCGACGCCGCCGGCGGCAAUGCCAGGGAUAGCGCGGGGACCAUGCACGAGCUGUCCGACGGGAAGUACGCGGGCACGACGGAGGGGGACGCGCUGUUGCAGUGCGCGCAGGUGUACGGCAACGCUGUCGAGGACCUCGACGGGGCCCGCGAGCCGCUCAACUCGGGGGCGUACGGCGACGCGUCGCUGCUCGUGUCCGGCGCGGAGGACGCCGGGGGCGCCUGCGAGAGGGCGUUCGCCGACCGCGGCGUGGGCUCCGUCGUGUCCGACGUCGACCAGAGGAUGGCGGAGCAGUGCGGCGUGGCAUGGGAUCUGAUCGACCUGCUCGAUGUCUAA